AUGUCGUCACCGAGACCCGUAAUCAGCGUACUAGGUUCGUUGAACAUUGAUCUCGUUUCAUACGUGCCCCAUCACCCUCUUCCCGGCGAGACAAUAACAUCGAAUCGGUUCGAUGUCUUUCCUGGUGGAAAAGGCGCCAACCAAGCUGUUGCGUGCGCGAAACUCUCCAGAACCUCUGAUCUAAAGGACCCGUCCGUUGAUGUUGCCAUGAUUGGCGCUAUUGGAGCAGAUGCCUACGGCUCUGUUCUUCUUGACAGCCUUAAGUCAUAUGACGUUGGAACAGACUCCAUCAUUGUGAAUCGAGAUGGCGAUAUCGGGUCGAAGAGUGGUAUUGCAAUGAUCAUUGUGGAUGAACCGACUGGUCAGAACCGUAUCAUCUUGUCACCAGGCGCAAACAACUCUCUUCAACCAGACCAAUUCAGCAAGAUUCCUGGAGCGACACCCUCGCUGCUCAUCAUGCAGUUGGAAAUCCCCUUGGACACUGUCAUCCAGGCAUUCAAAGCUGCCAAGGACCUGGGAACACCCGUUCUCCUCAAUCCUGCACCUGCCCGGAUCCUACCAACAGAGAUCUACCAGGGACUAGCGCAUCUCAUUUUGAAUGAGACCGAAGCAGCCUUGCUAUCAGGAAAGGACGAAUCUGAGUUUGAAGACAUGUCGGUUGUGGAACAGGCUGCCUCUGACUUCCUUUCAAAGGGUGUUAGAAAUGUCGUAAUCACCCUGGGCGGAAAAGGUGCCUACUAUGCCAACGAGACCGGCUUUAAGGGUCUUGUCCCAGCCCAAAAGGUCAACGUUGUGGAUACUACUGCUGCUGGUGAUACCUUCAUCGGCGCUUAUGCAGUGGAACUUGCAGGGGCUGAUCAACGAGGUGAAGAAUUCGAUAUUAGUAAAGCUGUACAGUCAGGAAUUUCGGCAGCGUCACGGACGGUUUCCAGAAGAGGAGCACAGGUCUCUAUACCGUGGAAGGAUGAGUUGGAGUGA